AUGGAUUGCAAGAAUUUGGGCAACGUGGGCCCGCAAAUCAAGACCAGGGAGUUGGAUAGGAAAGUUUUAAGGGAUACUCUGUAUUCGGAGAUCAUCCAGAAGCACAGGAGGUCCAUUUUCGCGUUCGGCUCGUUCCUGAGGAUGCUGAAGACUAAGAAGUCGAAUUAUAAUGUGAUCAGACAGGAGGGGGAGUCAGAAUAA